AAAAUGCUCGGGAAUCUGGAAUCUAAAAUCCCAGGAUUUCAAAUUCCUCCUCUUCUUUUUUUCCACUCCGCUAAACUAAAAUGUCGUCUUCUUGUCUGUAAAACCAAAAUUUACACAAAACCCGAUAUUUCCGGAAACUCUCUCACGCAGCUUCCGAUUUUUCGGCCGAUACAAAACAAAAAAUGGCCGAUUAUCUUCCUCUACCGGACUCCGAAACCGCCGAUACACGCCCCGCACGUGUCGCCUCCCUCGACGUCUUUCGCGGCCUCUGCGUCUUCCUGAUGAUGGUAGUUGAUUAUGGAGGCUUUAUGUUUCCAAUAAUUACUCAUUCGCCAUGGAAUGGUCUUCAAAUGGCUGAUUUUGUAAUGCCUUUCUUUCUAUUUGUUGCUGGGGUUUCUCUUGCACUUGUUUACAAGAAAGUAACAAACAGAGUGGAGGCUACAUGGAAGGCAGUGUUUAGGGCAGCGAAACUUUUUCUUCUAGGUGUUUUUUUGCAAGGUGGUUAUCUGCAUGGAGUAACUUCCUUGACGUAUGGUGUUGACAUUGAAAAAAUAAGGUGGAUGGGCAUUUUGCAGAGGAUAUCUAUUGGAUACGUUGUUGCGGCUUUAUGUGAGAUAUGGCUUCCAUAUAGGACAUGGAGGGAAGUAGGAUUUUUCAAAGGUUACUAUUGGCAUUGGUGUGUUGCAUUUUCACUGUCAGCAAUAUACUUGUGGUUAUCAUAUGCUUUAUACGUACCAGAUUGGCAGUUCAUGGUACCAGCCUCAGCCUCUUCAUUGCCUUCAUCAAAUGAUAGUUAUGUUUACACGGUGAAAUGUGGUGUAAGAGGUGAUCUUGGACCUGGCUGCAAUUCUGCUGGAAUGAUUGACCGUUACAUUCUGGGAUUUGAUCAUAUGUAUAUGAAACCUGGUUACAGAAACCUGAAGGAGUGCAAUAUAUCUGCCAAUGGCCAAGUUUCAGAGAGCUCACCUCCCUGGUGUCAUGCUCCUUUUGAUCCGGAAGGUAUCUUAAGCUCCUUAACAGCAGCUGUGACUUGCAUUAUUGGACUUCAAUAUGGACACAUUCUUGCUCACUUACAGGAUCACAAAGGGCGCCUAAACAACUGGUCCCUAUUUUCAAUUUCAUCGGUUGUCCUCGGACUGUUCCUUGCCAUCAUAGGCAUCCCUAUAAAUAAAUCUCUGUAUACAGUCAGUUAUAUGCUGAUUACUUCUGCAUCAGCGGGGAUCACAUUUUGUGCAUUUUAUUUGUUGUUUGGAUAUUUAGCAUGGAGGGUGGAAAGAAGAGAGUUCUCAUUAACCAGCCCUUGUUGUAGACAGCUUAGAUCACAAUUGAGGUUAGCUUCUUCUGAUUCUUCUAUCAAUCCUGCAGUCACUGAAGUCAUCAGAGAACUACCACGUUGUAUAGUUAACUCUUCAAAUGUACAAGACAUUUUUGGAGUCUUGGUUUAUAGUGCAUCAGUAAACUUCUGAAUGUACAUUUGAUUAUGAGACAUCUGCUGGAUUGUUAAUAGAAAUAGAAUCUGAUGUAUUACAUUUUUGAAAGUAAAACUUGUUGGUGGCAUGUUGUCACCUUUUUAUUUC